UGUGUGCCUUGGUGAAAUCUACUCACAAACGCCCAUUUGACUGAAAUGUGUUAGUUUUUAGCCCGUAUUACCCCGUUUUCUCCAAGAGAAAAGCAUAUGAUGUGUCGUCAGAUGAUGUGUUGUCAAUACUGCCACUAUAUAAAGGGAAGAUUUUGCCGAUUCUAGUAUACCUGCUUUUUGACAGUUGAACUAAUUGGAAAUGGGGAUUAUUGUAACGCCUAGAAUUUAUUCGACGUGGGCUUAUUAAUCUGGUGUUCAGAUUUACUUAAGUGUAGCUACAUAGUGUACGUUUAAUAUGCAGAGAUGGAUGUCCUGCUGCCAAUAUUCCAGUUGUUAUACUUUGUUGCCCACUUCCUGGCCAGCUUGGCACUCUCAGUCCUUGACACCUUCCACCUCCUUCACCGAGUGUUCCUUCAAGUUAGUGCAGUGUUAAGAGGAGGCGAUCUGCCUGUGCUCCGCAUACAAGCUGAUGCCGCACAGCUCAAGAAGAUCCCACAGCACUUGGGGUUGGUGUGCAUAGGGAAGCAAGUGUAUCAGAUUUCUAAUCUUGCCAAUGUGAUCACAUGGGCUGUUGGGUAUGGGGUGCGCUAUGUUUCCCUAUACGAUAUGCAUGGGGCUCUGAAACGACAGCGAUUGGUGAUACUCCAGCAUCUUGAAGAGAUGUGUGCUGACAUCAACUACACAGUGAUUACUCAUAACAAUGAAGCAAACCAAGCAAAGGACAUUGUAGAAAAUAGCAGGUCGGGACCACAUGUUAUUGUAAACCUCUUAAGCCUGACUGAUGGCAAAGGCAGCCUUGCAGCCACAGCCCGCCAGCUGAGCUCAGGAACGAGUAAAGUGAAUCAGGAGUUAUUAGAAUCAUUAAAAGUAACACGAGGCCAGCCAGACCCUGAACUCGUCAUCACAAUAGGAGAGCCCAUUUCGACCAUGGGGUUCCUGCCGUGGCAAAUUAGAUUAAGUGAAUUUUUUGCAGUUCCAUCUUUAAAUAGGUUUGAGUAUGGAGAUUUCCAAACCAUUCUUAGGCAAUAUUCUAAAUGUGAGCAGAGAUGUGGCAAAUAGAUUCUGUGUUAAUUCUACAGUUAAUGUCUUUAUUCUCUCUCUGUAUUUAAUAAGAACUUAUGUGAUAUAUACAAGUAUGUUGCUGUUUGCAUGUAUGUCAAAUCUUCCAUGCCAGUAGUGUGCUUAAUUUUAUAAGGAUUUAAUAAAAGGAGAGAUUCAGGAAAUAAUUAUGUGUAAGUUGAGGUUCAAAUAGUCUCAUAUAACAGAAGGGAAUUAGAAAUUAGAUAUUAUUCCUGUUAUAGACAGUUGCAUAUGAACUUGUAUAUCAUUAUUUUAUCAAGUAAGGGAUCAAAGAAACAGGAGAAGGAAAAUUUAAAUAUUUCUUAGUAUUUUUGUAAAGUAAAGUACUUAACAAAUUCAAAAAAAAAAA